AUGCUUCCCAUGUUUGGCUCCCAGAAAGAAUGUGUUGCGGCACUGUUGCUUUUGCUGUCUUCUUUGGAUUUUACCUCUGGUGGGAAGCUCCUGGUAAUACCCAUGGAUGGAAGCCAUUGGCUGAGUAUGCGGUCUGUCCUGAAACAGCUCAAACAGAAUGGGCAUGAGACAGUCGUCGUUGCGCCUGAAAUAAGCAUGCAUAUAAAAGCUUCAGAUGAUAUUUAUACCCUGAAAAGAUACCCGGUGCCUUUCACACAAGAAGAGAUGGAUGAAAUUUUCCAGGACAGUGUGGACGGCAUAUUUGAAGAGUUCCCUUUUCUAGUUAGGUUUGUUAGAACCUAUAACAGGCUGAAAAAUACGUCUGCUUUGUUCUUUUCCACUUGCACGUCCUUAUUGUACAAUCAAGAACUGAUGAAAUACUUUGAGCAGAGCAAGUUUGACGCUCUUUUCACAGAUCCGAUGAUGCCCUGUGGCCAGAUAGUGGCUGAGUAUCUUGGCAUCCCUUCGAUAUUUUUCUUGCGAGGGAUUCCCUGUGGUUUAGACUCUGAAGCUCUUCAGUGUCCCAGCCCUCCUUCUUAUGUUCCAAGACCACUUACAACAAACACGGACCGCAUGACGUUUGCCGAACGUGUUAAGAACAUGCUGUUCCGCAUGGCAGAAUCCGUCCUUUGUGAUGUCGUUUACUCUCCUUAUUCAAAUCUUGCGGCAGAAUUUCUUCAGAAAGACAUCACCGUCACAGAACUUUUGAGUCAUGGAUCAGUUUGGCUGAUCAAAGCAGACUUUGCAUUUGAGUAUCCCAAACCACGGAUGCCUAAAAUGGUUGAAGUUGGAGGGAUCAACUGUGCUGGGGAAAAAACUUUAACUCAGAUGAAGCAAGUAUCUUCUGGUAGUAACCAUCUAUAA